UUGGAUCGACCUGCCCCCUCUCUGUUCACCACCACCACAACAAGGAAGGAUUAAGCUAGCAGGCUAACACGCGGCCAAAAAAAUUGCUAACCACACCGGGAAGUCCAGCAUCCGGAGAGCGGGAAAACUAGCAAAAUAUCCUCAUCAGUAUCAAGCGAAUAGACGCUGCUUCCCAGCCCGUAGCCUCUGUGCGGAUGGGAAACAGUUAGCUGGUUUGGAGCCGAACAGGGAAGCAGGCGACGGUGUGUUAAAAUGGAGGAUGAGGAGGUUGCAGAGAGCUGGGAAGAAGCGGCGGACAGCGGGGAAAUAGAGAGAAGACUUGAGGCAAAGCUGAAAAUAAAUCAGGAGGCAAAGAAGUCCAGUUCAAGUUCGCCAGUGAGAACUGCCAUUGUAAUCCAGGACGAAUCUCUUCCUGCAGCACCGCCGCCGCAAAUUCGAAUUUUAAAGCGUCCGUCAAACAACGGCACUGCGGGGAAUGCCGCGUCGUCAUCUCGACCUUCCCAGCAGAUGAAGUCUUUGGCGCAACGUGAGGCAGAGUACGCUGAGGCCCGGCGGAGGAUUCUGGGUAGCGCUUCAUCAGAGGAUACCCCUCAGGACAACCCAUGCCAAGACAGGUCAGUUCGUAUGACUACACAGCAAGCGUCGGAAGCAGCUCGUCCCAACAAUCAUGUGAUCCGCCAGCCCGCCGGGCCUGACGGCACCACCGGCUUUCGACUUUGCAGAUAAAACGGAGCCGCCUGCUUUUAAGCGGUCAAACGAAGAGAAGUGAAAAGGGGGUGAAGAGCAGAGUGGCGUAGUAACAUUUGCAACGUGAAGAUAUAUACAAUGAACUUGUCCACCUGCUCUGUGCUCAGCUGGCAUGGUGUUUGCCUUCUGCCUCGUCUUAUCCCUCUAUGGAACGAUGAGAGGGACUGGCAGAGAUUAGCUGGGUCCCCCAUCAAACACCCCCCCAGUCUGUUCCACACUGUGAAGGAGGCUUUUUUUUGCCUAACAUCCCUAAACACUGUGAUACUUUGCUAUACCACGAGGUGCCCUUUGAAUCUUACUCCCAUUGAGAGAUGAGUGUGCGGGGCCGUCGGGCGUCAGUCCCUUCAAGGUCAAUUCAGUGAGUCGGGGAACAUCCCCGGAGAGAGCGUCGGAGCUGGGCUUCCCGCCGAACACGCAAGUUGAAAGGAGUCGGUCACGGCUGCGCGCCCUCCGGUAAGACGGCAGUGUUUGUGUUCAGUAACUGGAGGAUAAGGCGGCAGACGGAAGGUCAUCCUGGUGUCACCCUUUGAGGCGUCAUUCUAAAACGGGAGGGGCCAAAACCAGUGCUCCACAGCCUGCAGGCCUCCACUGGGUGCUGGUGGCUGCCUAAAUGUCACUGCAGCCGCUGGCCAAAGAUAAAAGAUGGGAAGGAUAGAGUUUCAUUAAUAUUCAAGCAAUAACAAAUGUAUUUCACACCCCCCCCCCCCCCCCCUUUUUUUUUUUUAAUCACCCCAUUUUCUGUUGUCUGUGUUCAAAUGUGGGCUUUUAAAAAAAAAAAAAAAAAAAAAAAAAAAACCUUUUGUGUUUUGGAGGACUCUUGCAAGGUAGUCCAGGUAGUCAAUUUAAUAGCUAAUACUGUAGACACUAAAUUACAUAGCGUGCAUUUUGAACCGGGGAAUUCUUGUGUCAAAAUUGUUAUGGACUUUUAAAUGAAUUGAAAGCCUAAUUGCGAAACUGAAGUGCGUUGUGUUUGCUUUCUCAGCAUAGAGUUGGAAGUUGUCAUUGAUUCUUUUUUUUUUUUUUUUCCAGUCAAUGACCAUUAGGGUUGGGCAUCGAGCAUCGAUGAGAACCAGGUCUAACAUUCCCGUUUAAACCUUUCGAUUCGUAGUUUUGAUGCCUUGUCCGCCAACUGGAAGAAGUAGCAGCGAGCACCAACGAAGAAUAAGUGGCUACAAAGUUCGGCUUGACUUCAUAAAAAAAAAAGGAAAGAAAAGUGGUCUGCUCAGUGCAACAUUUGCAACACAAUGAUAUCAUGCACCCAUGAUUAAACACCUCCAGAUUCAUGCUGUAGGAAUAACAGCGUUCCCUGUCUUUGAUGCACUACGUCAGGCUUCCUCUAAUCAGUAAGAAUCACGGACGUCAAAGAAUAAAUGAUGUCUGUCUCAUGCCAGUGUAACUAAGGGUUUCAGGGUGUAAAUAAAGCACAGGAACUACGGCUGUAGGAUGCAAGUUUAGUCAUAUUAAGUCAAGAGACCUUCUUGACCCACACAACACCCUUCUGGCCUUUGCACUACAUCUUGUUUACUUGUGCUAACAAAAUAAGUGUGUCAUAAAAAUAACUUACACCACCACUGAGGCAGCAAAGUAUAAUAGUGCUAAUAUGGUCGCUCAUAGACAAACCUUUUACAAGUUGUUUGAUAUUUUCCGCCCAGCUUAGUGCAUGUUUAAAGGGUCCCUGACAUGAUUUGUCAACUUAGCUUAAAUGUGUUGAAUAUUGUUUGUAAUUAUGUUCUAGAUUGUUCAAUUUUUGAAAGUGAACGUUAAAUUAAUGGCGCCAGCCAUGACGAGCUCGCUCUCGCUGUUCAGUCUUUCCAGAAGUGAUGUCAUCGGGUGACGCCUCUCGGCAUAGCGGUGUACGAGACAGAGGAUGUUUACAGUGAUUACAGCCGAGAUUUGAGCGAUGUCUGUAGCUUUUGAGGACAAAAGAAGGGAGGAAAAUGUGGAGAUGAAAUAGAGAAUUUGCAGGACAUGGAGAUGAAGAUUAGUCGCCUUCAAAAACACAGAAUGGUUAGUGUAAAUUACUCUGGAGUUGCUUAUCCUUCAGUUACUGUCUGAAAUCGGCUUAUUAAUGAGAGUAAAGGGGUCUUUAUAGCCUGAUUAAGUUUAGAUUUCGUCGCGUCCCAGCCCCCCGCAGUAAACCUGUGAAAAGAUGUUUGUUUAACAUGCAUAAUGCUUUACAGCCUUGUCGCUAUCAUGGAAUAGUGUUUAGAAGAUAUUAUGUAAACAAGAUGUCGUUCUUCUUGUCCCCCCCCCCCCCCCCCCCCCCCUCCUCUGUGUACCGGUGGAAUAGCAUCUCUUUUCAAAAAUGUCAAGCCGAAUGCUUCUUGUAAAGGUGUUCCUUCGUAGCGGUCAUCAGUGACGAUCACCGCACAGAGCGGAACGUCAUCCUUCCUCUUUUGGAAAAGAAAACAGAAUCAAUUGCAGAACAUCCAGCAGAAACACAAUUUUUUGGCAUGACUACUAUUUUGAUGAAAAAUUACAUGAACCAAGUCGACGAUCUACCUUGAGAAGCAUUUGAAGAACUACCAAUGUACAUAAUUCCAAACAAUAUAUGACAUACUUAAGCAAAGUUGAUGAAUCUUGACAGGAACCCUUUAAGUGCCUGCAGCAUCACACACUAACACACAAACUACCGCAGAAUGUUUUUUUCCUGAGCCUUUCAAAAGUAAACAUCAGACAUUUCAUCUAAAAAAAAAAAAAGAACACCCUCAUUUAAACAGUGCAGACUUUUGUGACCUCGCAUCUUAAAGGAAAACUGCCCUUGUUGGGCGGGAAUUUUGCCCAUCAUCCACAAUCCUUCUGUGAGAUAUGAACACACGUCUUUCUCUUUUCUUUGCGUUCUAAAGACUUACGGUAAGACAGCUCAAUGCUGCCUACAAAUCCCGCUAUUAAAACACCGCCAAAAAGCUUUUAUGGUUUUCUAUCCAUGCUGUGACCAUGUAGUAACAGGCACAUUAGUGAUAACAUGUAAUACGUACAGUUUUUUGCUUUAAGACUUCUUUCCUGGGUGCAGUGAUUUCACAUAGCAACACAGAAAGGAACACUGCAACUCGCGUUAACUUUUCCAAACUCGAAAACAAAAACCGCAGCAUAGCAGCAGCUCCAAUAAGUAGCGUUACUUUUUGGUAGUGGCCUGAGGUACUGUGACGCGCUGCGGGCGAGUGUGUGGUGAAGAUAGUCGCUAGCCGGCUAUUAGCUGGCCGGUGUGGUGUGGCGAGGUGUCACUACAGCAGUAGCAUAGUUUGAUCGGUGUAACAAUGUCUCUAUAGCUGGGUUAAUAUGCACGCCACAUUAUAUGUAAGUGGUGCGUUUUUGGCGCUUUAUGGAGUCUUUCAGAAUGCUUUAUAGGUGGAAUAAGUGUUUCCCCUUUCGGGCAUUCAUAGUGUAUUUUUAGCUGUUCCAGAACGCACAGAAAAAAGAAAAACAUAUGUGUUUGUGUCUCACAUAAGGGUAAUUGUUAGGGACCGGCAUCGUUCAAAUUCUCAAACGAUUUCCAACUCUAAUGCCCAUGCACCAGCUGGCAAAUGAGUGAAAAAGUGACUUUUUGCUGCCUAAACAAUGCAAGAAAGGAGGAUAUCGUAGAGAAAAAUGUAUUGGCAUUUUGUGGCUUUCGGAAUAUAGUCAAAUCUAACUGCUUUGUUUGGUUGGGGUUUUUUUUUUCUCACUACUACACCAUUUUACACUUACACUGAUCAGCUAGUCAUUCAGAGCAUUAAAAUGACAUAAUGCAGCAUUUUUUUUUAAACUUU